ACUGGACUUAAGCAUAAAGGGUAAUGUUAAUACUGGAAAUAUAAAUAAGUUAUAACGAGAUUGUUACUUUGACUUGAAAUAAUAAACGUAAGGAUUGGGAAAAGAUUGGUAUAAUAAUAGGCGUAAUUUGAUGCAAUAUGAUCAAUGUGAUCAAUGUAUUGAUGUUAGUCUUAUGUUUGCUAUUUGUUUAAACCGUGUGCUUAUAGUAAGGACGUUCGCCUACCCGUCCAAUUGCAACGAGCAAUGGCUGCUGAGGCUGAGGCGGCUCGCGAGGCCAGAGCUAAGGUGAUUGCGGCGGAAGGCGAGCAAAAGUCUGCGCGGGCUCUCAAAGAGGCGGCUGAAGUGAUCGCUCAAAGUCCAGCCGCCCUUCAGUUACGAUAUUUACAAACUCUGAACACAAUAUCAGCGGAAAAGAACUCGACCAUCAUUUUCCCCCUUCCCAUCGACUUCCUCAGCCAUUUCAUUAGGAAAGGCUGAGUCCACAACUCCUUCAUCCCUCACCCAUGCCUUUCAUAGUCUAAACCUUAAAUAUAUAUACAGUUUGUUUAAAUUAAUACACAAACUCUUGAACGUUUGCUAUAUCUAAGAAUGGUAUUUAUUAAUUAUAUUUAUGCU